UCCUCUUCCGCCCGCUAUUGCGCACAAAACACCAUAUUAACAUAAUAAUAAUAGCUACAAUGCAGGGUUGAUGUAAAUAUUUUUGAAUAAAAAAUUGCUUUUUACUUCAACCCUCUAAUUUCGGUACAUUCCCAGCGUCACCCGAAACAGAAACAGCAAAUGUUUGAUUGUGGAACAUUAAGAAUCAAAAACGAAACCCAGUCACUGCAUGAAGGCAGUGGUCAAUGUCACGCAUUAUUGUAGGCCUAUUAUUUACCCCAUGCAACAUGACAUUUAAAACAUCCAUCCUCCUUCCACGUAUCAGAAUCCUAUCCUCAGCGGGUCGUCUGUCAGGUAAUCGACUUGACUUCAUGCAUGUCAAAAACAUUUCAAGUACUGCAGGUUUCCGUCCAAAACGACCCCUCACUCUCCUGUUUGGAUCGGUGAGGAGGAAUGUAUCAGCUGAGUGCAACUGUGGAAGUCAAAUGUUCGCCAAACAGUCAAGCACUGCGACCCGAUGGAACAAGUUGUCAACAACAACCACGUUGCAGAAGGACGGGUUCACCCGUUCCCGUGAGAGGGGAGUUUUGCUUCGUAAAGUUGUCCUCGGCGCACUCGGGUUCGCCACCACUGCGGCCGUAUGUGUCCACACCAGUGCCCGGGUCACCAUGGCCGAAGGGACAGAAUCUCUGAAGGUUAACCUUGAGUCCGCUGAGGCAGACUGGAAGGAGACCAAGGACCGGAUGCUGUCCUUGCCGCUGGAUGAGAGGCGGCGGUUCUACAGGACCCGUUGCUAUACGUCCCUGGACCAGGUCCCUGUGUGGAGUCCCUCUCCAGGCCCCUCUUCAGAGCAUCAACGGUGCCCCAGGAACAAGAAGCUGGACGGGCGGAUCUCCCUCUACACGGGCGACAUCACACAGCUGGAGGUGGACGCCAUCGUGAACGCAGCCAACAAGACCUUGCUGGGUGGAGGCGGAGAUGUGAUCCACACGGUGGGCCCCAUAGUCCAGCGGGCCGUGGGGGACCAGGAGAGGCGCGCUCUGAGGGCGAGCUACCGCAGCAGCCUGGAGGCCGCCGCCCCGCCCCACGUGGCUGCACGCUCCCUGGCCUUCCCGUGCAUCUCCACCGGAAUCUAUGGAUACCCACCUGAUCAGGCCGUGCACGUGGCACUGGCGACCGUGAGGGAAUAUCUGGAUGAACAUCCUGACAAGUUGGACAGGGUCAUCUUCUGUGUGUUCUUGCCAGCGGACAGAGAACUCUACCUGAAGAAUCUCCCUCUUUACUUCCCUGGGGAGGCCGCGGUCAGGAGCAAGCUCUAAAUGAGGAGCCGCCCAUCGACCUGUUUGGCCAUGGAUAAACUGCCAGUGUGGCUGCUCCACAUACAGCGGUGUCUCCCUCCCCUCCCUCCCCCCUCCUCCCCCCUUCUCCUCCCCCUCCCCUCAGCUCCCCCUUUAUCUUCCGCUCAGCUGUCAGCGCAAAUUAGAAACUUCCGUGGUUGUAAAGCUGGAUGGCUUUCAUGCACUGAACUAUUGAUCUUUUAAUAUGAAUUAAAUAUCCGCCAUGAGUCGGCUUCUUGUUGUACUUUUAUGAAAUGUUUUUUGGAACCAGUUGUGCCUGGAUAUUACGAAGACACCAAGAUCAAACCACAGGGAUGCUAAUUCCAUUGUCUGAUUGGCUACCAUUAGUGUCACUCACAAUAUAGCGUAAGUGACGUCACUGAUCUGAUUGGAUAGCCCGAGGAGGUGCAGCCACCGGUUUGCUAUUGAGGGUCGGUUAGCCACCUGUGAUUGCAAUAGUGUGCGCAAUUUAGCUUGAUAAUGUUAAGCGACGGCAAUAACAAACCUGUUGAGGUGACUGAUUAUUGUGAUUAUUAGGAUUAUGAUUGCAGGUGUUUUUUCAUUUCUUUUUUAUUUUUCAGUGCUCUCUCAAUAAGGCGAUUUAAAUGUCAAAUAAAUGUAAUUUGCACUUAAUGACAAAACACAUCCUAGCUUGAUUUUCCUUCUGUUUACUCUAAAUGUGAGAUCAAUAAAAGGCUAUGAACCUAAUGUAAAAACAAACUGUUAGCUGGUGUUUGACUCCCAGGGUUGAAUAUGGAGCUCUGCUGCAUUCAUACGUUGUGUCCUCAUAUAUAAAACAUAGUCCCAGGCUCUUUAUGGUGUGUGGGAGCACUCUGUUAUUACUGGAUUCUGACUGGAGCUGUGCUCUGGUUGAAGCUGACCCCCCGAUGUCCAUGGUACAGCCAGCUAAACAUUCAUCGGUAAUCAAACUCCCCCUCUAAUCGUCACUUGCAUUGACCACGGCCUAUUUCAAUGACUUCCAACUUGUUUCAUUAUUUAAACUUUAGCAUUCAUGGCUCGGAUUCAAUGGAGUGAAACACAUCAUUAAAGCACAUCAUGUUCGCUG